GGUCUUUCCCAGAUGCAUCUUGUAUUUCAGACCCCUCUGCCAUGGGCCAGGACACCCAGUGCACCUACCUCCAGCUGUGCCUCGCUGCCCUUGCACUCGCCAGAGAAGGGGAAGGGACAGAGGAGCUUCCGGGCAACCUGAGCUGCCUGAACAACUACGAGACCCGGGCGGACUGCACGUGGGUGACGGACGGGCCCGUGGGGGACGGGCCCUUCUACCUGCAUUUCAUCGACCUGAUCCCCGAGGAGACCAGCAGCUGCGUGCUGACUGCCAGCGGGGACUCGCCGCGCCGGCAUCGCUGCUCCAUCCGCGUGUCGAAUCGCUUCGGCGAGUUGGACUGCUACCGCGUGUCUCUGCACGGCAGCUUCUCCGAGGGCAAUCGCACGUAUGUCGCCUUCCGGGAGUACGAGCCCCGGCUGCACAUUAAGUGUGACCCCCCCUCCAGCCUGCAGAGCAACUUCAGUGCCGACAAGUGCCAGCUCUGGUGGAGCGUGCCUGCCUUCCUGGAGCAGAUCCUGCAGUACGAGCUGGAGUUCAAGGAGCAGAACGAGUCCUGGGAGUCCAUCGAGAUGCCGCUAAGGAGGUAG